AUGGCCCAAAACCCCGCAACCGCAAUCGCAUCCACAGUCCGCGAGGGCCCGUUGGGCUUCCUGGACCUCCCGCCCGAGAUUCGACUCAUGAUCUACAAAGAGCUGUUGCCAUGCACUGUCUACAUCUCGGUAUUCGCCGAGAAUACGGUGAUCCCCAACUGGGAUGAUCUGUACACUCAGCAAACACACGACUCGGUUGGCUGCCAUGAAUGCGGACGAGAGAAUCACUGGUGCGACGAUACAACAGCAUUCGGCCUUGUGCAGAAGGCGGUUCGCGCAGGCAAGCCAACGAGGAAUAUCUAUCAAUUUUCCAGCAACCCCUUUCAUGCUUGGGCUGACCCACAGACCGAUCAGCCGAAGCGCCAGCCGCUGCCCUCUACUGAGCUGCCUGACCAUAUCUGGAACCUCAUUUUCUCGUGUCGUACCGUCUACAACGAGAUGAGGCAGGUGCUGCAUGACCAGAUGUGGCUCAGAGGAGACAAUUGGUGCACCAUGGCAGAUUUCGGGCUGAUGGCUCGCGCGAGCUAUAGGCAGUACGCUCUGACAGUCAAACAUAUGUCCCUCCGCCCGUAUCAUUACCCAUUUAUGAGUUCCCUGCGAUGGCGAGACAGGUUCUGGAAAAUCAACAAUGAUGACUGGCGUUCGGAGAUGCGCUGGCUACCACUUCUCGCUGAGCUUUUCUCAGAGCUAGAGAUACUGAAGCUCGAAGGAUGCCCACUUCAGGACCGCACACCUGGGAUCCUGACUCAGCUUGAUCCACAACAUAUACGAUUCGUACCGGAACAGCUGAUGGCUUUCAAGGCAGUCAUUGUGUCGAGCCCAAAACUUGCAAAGGUCGUUCUCCGAAUCUCGUCUUCGUUGGGUGUCGAUGUCACAUUUCUCUCCAGUUGGCCCGUCGAAUUUGAAGAAGAUGGCACUGUAAAGGAGGAUACCAGUGUCACGGCCCUCAAGAUUGCCGAAGAGCUGGACGGCGCAACUCCACUCGACGUUGACGAAGGUCUGCAGACCUACUACGAUCGCAACUUCAAUUGCGGCGCAGCAUGUUCUGAUGCAGUAGCAGACCUUGAUCCUGCCGGCCCCGAUCCUCAGUUCCGACUAGACAGCUGGUGUGGGUUCUGA